UUUUCUCACUGCAGCAGGACUGAUGUUACACCCAAAAAGUACAGGAAACCCAUGAGCAUUUGCUACUUCUUGUCAAGAACAAUAGACGGGCAGUUGGUGCGGUCAAGAGCGCUGAAGUCAUGCUGUAACUGCUCCACACCAAAGCCAACACGUGAGGACCAGCAGAAGUGGAUUUGCUUUGACAAAAAACGCUCAAGCUGACGAUCAUGAUUUUCCCAGAAGAGGAUCUAACGUGUCCGGUGUGCUGUGACAUCUUCAAGGACCCGAUUCUGCUGCCGUGUAGCCACAGCUUUUGCAGGAACUGUUUGAAGCGCUGCUGGGACUCAAGGUUGCGAGGGUGUCCAGUUUGCAGGAAAAGAGGACCCAAGGCCGACCCCCCAUCCAAUCUGGCACUAAGAAAUGUCUGUGAGGCUCUUCAGCAGGUCAAGAGGCAGAACUCAGAGCGGGGCGACAACUGUGAUCUACAUGGAGAGAAGCUAAAACUCUUCUGUCUGGCUGACAAACAGCCUAUCUGUGUUGUGUGUCAAUCCUCCAAGCAGCAUAAAAACCACAACUGUUUGCCUACUGAGGAAGCACUGGUGGACUGCAAGGACGAACUCCUUGCUUCCCUUCAAAACUUGGAGGAGAAACUGAAAAUUCUCAAUCACAUUCACAGGAGAUCCACUGAAACGCUGACCUACAUUAAGAGUCAGACUCUUGAAACCCAAAAAGAGAUCAAGAGUCAGUUUGAGGAGCUGCAUCAAGUUCUCUACCAAGAAGAGUCCUGGAGGUUAGAGGCGGUGAAAAAGGAGGAAGAGGAGAAGGUCGCAGUGGUGACGGAACAGAUGCAAGAAGUGUCAGCAGAGAUGCUCUCAAUCACAGAGAACAUCUCUUCUAUUCAGAAACAGCUCGUGCUGGACGAUAUGGUAUUGUUGAAGACAUUUGUAGCCACUCAGGACAGAAGCAAAGACAUUUGGUUGAAUUCACAAAACACAGCUGGGUUACUGAUUGAUGUGGCCAAACAUCUAUCCAAUCUCAAAUACAGAGUCUGGGAGAACAUAGUGGACCAUGUGGACUACACUCCUGUGGUGUUAGACCCAAUCACAGCACACCCAUGCCUCAGGAUAUCUGGGGACCUCACAUCCCUCAGUUACUCAAAGGAGCCCAGCUGUUGCCCUGACAACCCUGAGCGCUUCCACAUGAGCGCUGAGGUGGUGGGCAUGACCGCGUUGGGCUCAGGAAGCCACCACUGGGUGGUGGAAACAGGAAGCAAUUCCGACUGGUUCCUGGGUGUGGCUGCACUGUCCGUGCAGAGAAGCGCGGAGGUGGCCGCUCGGCCUGAAAACGGCCUCUGGACUUUGUGUUUCCGGGAUGGAGAGCUCAGGGCCCUGACCUCCCCGCCUACUUCACUGACACUUUCGAAAAUACCAACACAGGUCAAAGUCCAGCUGGACUACAACAAGGGGAGGGUGUGCUUUUAUGACUCUACGGAUGACACGCUCAUUUAUGACUUUACUGAAAUAUUCACAGAGCCGUUGUUUCCAUAUUUUUAUACACAAAGUUGCCAUCCAUUAAAAAUUAUGCCAGAGAAACUGCUUAUGACAGUGUUGCGGCAAUAAGUAGAAAUGAGUAAGAAAUCCGAGAACAGAUGUUACCAAUUAAUGUAAAAGAAUAAAUAUUGAUUUAGGAACACCGCACAACAAAAUGGAAGAUAAACACUAUAAAGACAUAUACAGGAGCAGACAGAAAUUCAAAAUAACUGUGUUUUUGUGAAAUAUGGUUUGUAAACUGUUUUAGUGAAUCGUGAAAUGUCCCUUAUGUCUUCAAUUUUAGUUGGAUGUCUGAAUAGAUGUAGCCAUUUUGAUGUUUUUGUGUCAGAAAUGUUUAGAUCAGGGUUCUGUGACGUAGGGUUCAAGAGAACCACACGGCCCCUGCACCUGCAGAGUGCAUUUUAUUUUGAAAGGAACUUUUUUCUGCUGCUGUCAGAAAUUAAAUAAUCUACUAUUAUCACAUAUAGAAAGAUGUAACAUUGGUAUAAUUCUGUUAUUGUAAAUAUUUGAAAGCUACAUUGAAAAAUGAUUAAGUGAAUAGCCACACAAACAUAAAUCAAGUGUAGUUUUCUAAACCGUUAGGUGCUAUAUUGCAGCUCUUGCAGGGUUUUAGUCAGGAAGAAACUGAACUAAAUGGUUCUUUUAGGGUUAAGGGUUGUACCGACCUGAUUUAGAUUCUUUGAAUUAUUAUCGUAAUUUGCAUUAUUUUAUGUUUCUCUGAUGCUUUUUUUUGAUAAAAUUCCAGUCUUUCAUAAAAUACUUUAACAUC